AUGCUGUCCCCUCUGUCUUUCCUGGGUGCUUCCGCGCUCAUCAGCUCUGCUGUUGCUGUCCCAGUCAACCGACGGGCAGCAACAUGGCAAAAUCUAAGCUCCAAAAUCACCCAUGUUGUAUACCUCAUGAUGGAGAACCACUCCUUCGACAACAUAGCUGGAUACUGGGACUUUAAUGAUAUUGACAACUUGCGCAACAUCACUUUCUGCAACGAGUUCACCAACCCAAACUGGACGGUCUGGAACGAGCCUUUGCUGAUCUGCGCCGGCAAAUACGAGGCUGAAGUGCCCCUCAAAGACCCGGACCAUAACUUUGCGGGCACCAGCUACGAGAUCUAUCGCAAAUGGCAACCAACAGCUGACGAUGUCCCUGACAUGUCAGGCUUCAUCGAGAGACAGUCCGAAAGGUACAACGCCACUCCAGGAGACUCCUCUUUUGUCAUCAAGGCUUACGACCCCAAAAUGGCGACCACGCUCUCCACAUUGGCCCAAAACUAUGCUUUCUGGGACACUUACCACGCAGAGCACCCUGGACCUACCAACCCAAACAGACAGUUCGCAACCUCAGGUUCGACAUGCGGCUAUGUCGACAACACCAACCAAUCCGCUGGCUGGUUCAUGAACACCACGGGCACGAGCUGUGCAGUCUCCAUCUUUGAGGCCUUGUCCAACAAGAACAUCAGCUGGAAAAACUACUACGAAACCGACAUCAUCGAUGCGUACAUGUAUAAGUGGGUCCAGGACAACGCCAUGGACAGACUCGUGCAUGCGGACCAAUUUUACAAGGACCUCGCCAACAACGAGCUGCCGCAAUUCUCGUACAUCAACCCCGAAUGCUGCACCAUCGACUCCAUGCACCCUACCAGCAACAUGGCCGCUGGAGAAAUGAUGAUCAAGCAUCUCUACGAUGCUCUCCGUAACUCUUCCUAUUGGGACAAUCUCAACUUCGACGAGCACGGAGGUUUCGCCGACCACGUCCCUCCUCCGGUGGGUAUCCCUGCGCCUGAAGACGGCAUCACCUUCUCUGGCAUGUCCGACGGCCACAACGUCACCUACGACUACACACGGCUGGGCGUCCGAGUGCCCGCGUUCGCCAUCUCCCCCUGGAUCUCGCCCAACACGCUCAUCCACAACCAGGGGACCAUGUACGCCGAGAACUCGGCCUACACGCACACGUCGUUCCUGCACUUCUUGCAGGAACUGUGGGGCCUUGAGGGUUUGAACAACCGUGUCCAGUGGGCCAAGACGUUCGAGUACAUCUUCGCCGACACCCCGCAAGAGGGCGGCGGCCUGAUGAGCCUGCCCAGCCCCGUCUGGCACGCUGGAUUCGGUCAGCCGGAGCCAGAUGCCUUCUAUCUGCUGAACCAGGAUGAGGGCUAUUACGCCAGCUUAGCUUGA